ACUCGUCCGGCCAUAUACUCAUUUUUUUCAAGGAGGAUGAACGUUCUGGCCUCGCAUCUUCUAAUAUAUCCACUAUGUUCCGCUGUAUACUCGCAUUUUUUUUAGGGGGAUCAACAUUCUAGCCCUGCAUCUUUUAAUAUGUCCGCUACGUUCGGCUGUCAGGAGUUAAAUCAUAGACCAACUUCUAAUAUGUCUGCAACGUUCCGCUAUCAGGAGUUAAACUCUAAACCAACAGUUCUCUUAACCCAACUAACAAGGGUCAGCUGAGUUACCCCACCCACCCUAGAUCCGCUCCUUCGAUUAUAUUCAUCCCAUUUAUUUGUGAGUUUUUUGGAGAAUGUCUGAUUGUUACCUCUAAAUAUAUCAAUCCAUUCUAGAUUUAGUGAGACUCUAUUGGUAAAGUAAGAGAUAGUGAAAGUGUUUUAAUAAGUAGAAAGUUUUGGUCUCUGUCUCUAUCCCAUAAUUAAUAUAACCCUUAAUUACUAGUAUUUGUAUAACAAAAUAUUUAUAAAAAGAAUAGGUAGGGCCAAAACAUGUUGAGAAAUUUCCUUUUUAGUACUGCGAUUAUUGUGGCUCGGUAAUCAAAUGGAACUCUCUAACACAGUGAGUGCCAUAAACAAGGAUUCUUCUUCUGUUUCCUCAAACAAUAUGGGUUCUUUUCCAAGUCCAGGAGCACCGUAUUACAGAGAGAGAACAAGAAGGUAUGAGAACAACAAGGGAUGGAGCUCAGAGAGAGUAUCAAAGCAAACAAACGACAACGGCAGUAGAAGACACACUAUGUCAGGUUUAACACCUUUCAGUGGUGGAAGAACAAUGCCAUCGAAAUGGGAUGAAGCUGAGAGAUGGAUUUGUAGUCCAGUUUCAGCAUCAUAUGCUGAUAGCAGAAGAAACUCACGUACACAACAACAGCUUCAACAACGAAGACCCAAGUCAAUAAGUGGUCCAAUUGUUCCUCCUCUUCCUCCUGGAGUGGCUUGUUACUCAAACUAUUCACCUUUGGCGCAACAACUGAGACAAGGUUUUGUUGUGAGGAAUUUAAUGGUUAGCUCACCUUUUUCAACAGGAGUGUUGGCACCUGUUGCUGUUUCUGUUCGCCAUUAUGAGGAACAUGAUGGAAAUGAGGAAAGUGAGAGAUCUCUUGUUCCAAGAUAUGAUAAAGGUACUCAAAUGAGUCCUACAGAAACUGAGAAUGAUGUAGAUUCAUCUCCGAAAUCUUCUGCCACUUCGGCCAUAGAUCAAGAAGAUUGCUAUUAUCCUAAACUAGAAGUCAGAGAUGUGGAGGUUGACAGUGAAGCUACUGUUAUGAGGGGAUCCAAGAGACAUGGAACCAAAUCGAUCAAAAAUGACUUAAUGCAUAGAUCAGAAUUGAGAGAGAAUAGUGUUCAAGUUUCAGAUUGGGAUAUUGAAGAAUCAACCUUGGACACUUCCAAGUUACGGAGAGAGGAAGCCAAAAUCGCUGCUUGGGAGAAUUUGCAGAAAGCAAAAGCUGAAGCUGCAAUGCGGAAACUCGAGAUGAAAUUGGAGAAGAAAAGAUCUUCAACGAUGGAUAAGAUUCUGAAAAAGCUUAGAAGGGCGCAGUUGAAAGCAGAAAGUAUGAGAAGCUUAGUACCUGUACAACAGGAACAUCACACUUCCAAGAUUUGCAAAGUAUUUUCAUUCCCUAAAUAUGUCCAGAUAAGGUCUCUAAGCAGCUGCUUCAGUAGCCAAACUCAGUGACCUAUUCGUUGUACAUGCCAUGAAAUCAUUGAGGUUUGUACCAGGUUAUAAAAGAAUACUCUACAUUAUCUUAGUGCCCAUUGAUGUAAUUGGCAUGUGUUAGAAACCCCAACAAUACAUCAUUCUUUGUACCUAGUUGUGCUAUUUGUAUAUAUAAAGCUCAGUGAUUUAUGCGAUCAAAACUUUCUUUAAAUA